AUGAAUAAACAAAUGUUAGAACAUUUUAAUAAACUGUUGACAAAUGAAUUGACUUCUGUACGUCAAUAUCUUUUGCAUUUUGCCGUGCUUAAGAAUCAUGGGAUUAAUAAACUUGCGGAAAAGAUGAAAAAUGAGCUUAAUGAAGAACUUGAACAUGCACAUAAGUUAGCGGAAAGAAUUUUAUUACUGAAAGGAAUACCAAAUUUUCAGGAUACAAAUGAAAUAUCAAAAUAUGAUGAAAAUUUCACAAAAGACACGAUAAAAGAAAUUUUGUUAGCUAAUUUGAAAUUAGAAGAUAAGGGUAUAAAGGAUAUCAGAGAAGCAAUUUUUACUGCUGAAAAAGAAAAAGAUUUUGUUAGCGUGAUGCUCCUAGAAGAAUUAUUGAAAAAUGAAGAAGAACAUCUUCAUUGGCUUGAAAAACAGAUGGAUCUUAUCGCAUUAAUGGGUGUAGAAAAUUAUUUAAGAACGCAAGUAUAA